UCUUUAUUUCCUCUUAUUCUCUAAAUUAUAUUUGGUUUUUCUUUUCUUUCUUCUUACUUUUUUUUUUCUCUGCAUCCGUUCUAUGGCAGUUUCUGUUGAAAGGUAGAACCAUAGUUGCUGUUAAAAACUGUUUCAAUAUCAAACAGGAAAAAUUUGGGGAUUUUAGAAUAACGAUGUAGAGAUUUGAGAUUAUAAAGUAGAGAAAGAAAAAUCAGAGUCUUCACACACAGUCAGAUUGCCGAAAUCAUUACCUGCAAAGUUUUGUUUUUAAUUUUUGAAAUCUUUGAAAUACUUUGUUUGGUAGGAGCACAUUGCAUUAGAAGAAAAUUUUAAAGAAUGUAGUGGAUUUUCAAUAGAAAAUGCUGAAGCAAUGGUACAAAUUCAGUGGCUAUGGCCAAGAGAAGAAUGAAACCAAUUUUGGAUUCAUAAACAAGCUUGGAUUUGAUUGGUGGUGCUUCCAUGACAGGGAUAUAGCCCCUGAUGGCAAAACCCUAGAGGAAAGUAACGCAAACUUGGAUGAAGUAGUGGCCCUUGCCAAGAAGCUUCAGAAAGUUGUGCUGCCUUUGAUGGAAUGUGAUGGGAAAUGUUUGAGACCGUGCGAAGUUGGGAGGGAGGGGGGAAUGAUGAACAAGGAUUAGGUAAUGAAAAUAGGGUCUUGGUGAAAUUGUUUGGUUUUUAUGGGUGUUAUAUGUGCAAGCUGAUUUUUUACUAGAAAAUUUUCUAGAGGCAACUUCACUUAAAGUUUCAAGGAAAUGAGGGAAGAUUUGUAUUUUCUUUUUAUGACAUUGAAAGAAUCUGUGAUAGACAUACAAUGUACUUUUUGAUAUCAGAAACUAUCAAGUUGAUAAAUGGACAACAUGGAAAAUUGUGUGUAUACCUCUACCUAAUGAAUCUAUAAGAAGCCUAAGCAAACCAUAAAUCUCAUCUUAUUGUUAUGGCAAACUAGAAAAAUUUUGUUUUACUGGAUGCCUAAUUAUGGCAUGCUAAAGGAAGAAAUUUUUAUAUUUUGUAGAAUGCAUGCCUGUUUUCCCAUUGCAUUUGUAAAUGGACUGUUUUCCCCCACUAUCUCUGCA